AUGGUUUUUGUCAACUUAUUUGUGAAAAAAGUGAAUAAAAUAAAAAUGCCAGAUUAUUUUCUUACAGAAUUAAAUUAAAUACUCAGUGAAUCAGUUUAAAUCACGAUGAAUAAAAUAUUAUUUUCUUCUUUAAUUUUAAUUUACUGUCUGACAAUCACAGUCGUUAAGUUACAAGAGAUCGAUCUAAAAUAUUUAAAUCUUUACGGGUUUACAAACUUUAAAAAUACAUCGAACGAAAUGUUAGUUAAUCUGGCUGUUGGUUUAAUGAAGUUUAUGCGUGAAAAUGACCGAAUAGUGCAUAGUGCCCCUAAAGACAUGACUCCCAGUCCCGAUCAAGAAUUUGAUUUCAUCGUCAUCGGGGCCGGCAGUGCCGGAUCGACAAUCGCAUCGAGACUCAGUGAAAUUCGAGAUGUCACCGUUCUUUUGAUCGAAGCCGGUGGCAACGAAAACUUGAUGAUGGACAUACCUUUACUAGUCAAUUAUCUGCAAUUCGUCGACGGCUUGAAUUGGAAAUAUCAAACGGAACCUUCGGAUAGAUACUGCUUAGGUAUGACGAAUCAACAGUGCAAUUGGCCGAGAGGUAGAGUGAUGGGCGGAAGUAGCGUUUUAAAUUAUAUGAUCGCGACAAGAGGCAAUCCCCGUGACUACGACCAAUGGGCCGAAGCGGGCAACGAUGGUUGGGCUUACAAAGAUAUCUUGAAGUAUUUCAAAAAAUCAGAAAAUUUGAGAAUAAAGCAGUUCAAACAAGAUAAAGAAGUGCACAAUACCGAAGGUCCUCUACACAUCAACUACCCACCUUAUCACACACCUGUAGCCGAGCAAUUUCUGAAAGCUGGCCUAGAAUUGGGCUAUCCGAUAAUCGAUUAUAACGCUGGCAAUCAAACUGGUUUCUCUUACAUACAGGCCACCAUUAAAAAUGGCACAAGAAUGAGUACAAAUAGGGCUUACUUGCAUCCAGCCAGAAAGAGGCCAAAUUUAUUCGUCACGAAAUUUAGCCACGUUAAUAAAUUGCUUAUCGAUAAGCAAAACAGGGCCUACGGUGUCGAGUUCACCAAGUCGAACAUGACUAUUCACGUAAGAGCGAAGAAAGAAGUGAUCUUGUCAGCGGGAGCGAUUAAUUCGCCGCAAAUUUUAAUGCUGUCUGGAAUCGGCCCGGCUGAGCAUUUAAGGUCGAUGAUGAUCGAUGUCUUGCAAGACGCACCGGUCGGAGAAAAUUUAAUGGAUCACAUAUCUUACGGGGGCUUGGUGUUUUUGAUCGACCAGCCCGUGAGCAUCGUAAGCGAAGACGUAACGAAUCCCAUGAAGCCGUACGUGGCUGACUUUUUGAACACGAAAAACGGGCCUCUGUCUAUACCCGGUGGUUGCGAAGCCCUAGCAUUCAUAGACGUCGACGAUCCUAAAAAUCUCGACGUUUUUCCUAAUAUAGAGUUACUUUUCAUCGGGGGCUCGGUCGUCUCUGACAAUUCGUUUCGCAACAGCUUUGGCAUUUCUGAGAAGUACUGGGACAAAAUGUAUGCUCAAAUCAGCGGGCGACACUCCUGGUCGAUAUUUCCCAUGUUAAUGAGACCUCGCAGUCGCGGCAAAAUAUUCCUGCGGAGCAGAGACCCGAAAGCAAAGCCCAAAAUAUUUCCCAACUACUUCGAAGAUCCCGAAGAUUUGAGGCUCAUGGUAAAAGGCAUCAGAGCCUCGAUCGAGAUCAGCAAGACGAAGGCGAUGCAGACGUUCAGUUCGGAGAUCUACAACGUCAGUGUGCCGGAGUGCGAAAACUACGAGUACGAUUCCGACGAGUAUUGGGCGUGCGCAGCUAGGACGUUCUCCUUCACCAUUUAUCACUACAGUGGCACAUGUAAGAUGGCCCCGGCCAACGAUCCUACAGGCGUCGUCGAUCCAAAACUACGCGUGAAAGGCAUUAAAGGACUGAGAGUGGCGGACGCUUCGAUAAUGCCCAUAAUCAUGACGGGUCAUACGAAUAUACCGACGAUAAUGAUAGGCGAAAAACUGUCCGACAUGCUGAAGCACGACUGGAAUUUGAUUUGAUACACAAUUUUUCUUAGUGCGUAGUGAUUUUGUACCGAAACCCCUGUAGCUUGAUGUACGGCCUUACAGCUACGCAUACCUGUUGGUAUAUCAUAUUUUUUAGUUUUGUAAGUUUCGUUAGCAAGUAAACGAUCGAUUUGAAAUAAAACUUGAC